AGCUAGGAGACGAGAUUGUUUGUUAAAUAUAGCAAACGCAAACAUUGCAUUUGAAAACGCAACUGUCAGAGAGGAGGAAAGAAUUAACGAUCUGCAAUUUCCACCCACAAAAGAGAGAACAAUUCCCCCUCCUCCAGAAAAAAGGGAACAACAAAAUAGAAAUCAUGAGCACCGGAGAAGGGAAAACCGUGUGCGUUACUGGUGCCUCAGGUUACAUUGCUUCAUGCCUUGUUAAGCACCUUCUCCUUCGUGGUUACACUGUCAAAGCCUCUGUUCGUGACCCAAGUGAUCCGAGAAAAACACAACACUUACUUGCACUCGAGGGCGCUGAGGAAAGGCUGAAGUUGUUUAAAGCAGACUUAUUGGAAGAAGGUUCCUAUGAUUAUGCUGUUGAAGGCUGUGAAGGUGUUUUUCACACAGCAUCUCCCUUUUAUCAUGAUGUCACAGAUCCACAGGCAGAAUUACUCGAUCCUGCGGUGAAGGGAACACUAAAUGUUCUGAAUUCAUGUGCUAAUACCUCUUCUGUCAAACGAGUGAUCUUGACAUCUUCUAUAGCUGCAGUCACUUACACUGGGAAACCUCGAACUCCAGAUGUUGUGGUUGACGAAAGUUGGUUUACCGAUCCCGAGUACUGUAAGAGCUUAAAGCUCUGGUAUGUAGUCUCCAAAACCAUAGCUGAGGAAUCUGCCUGGACAUUUGCAAAAGAGAAGGGCCUCGAUUUGGUUGUCAUAAACCCGGCAAUGGUGAUCGGUCCUCUUUUACAGCCAACACUUAACACAAGUGCUGCAGCAGUUUUAAGCUUAAUUAAGGGAGCAGAAACAUUCCCGAAUGCAACCUUCGGUUGGGUUAAUGUAAAAGACGUUGCAGAUGCACACAUCCAGGCAUUUGAGAUUCCAUCAGCUAGUGGAAGAUAUUGUUUAGUCGAGAGAGUUGCACAUUGCUCGGAGGCUGUAAAGAUCUUAAGUGAGCUAUAUCCUUCUUUCCACCUCCCAGAAAAAUGUGCAGAUGACAAGCCUUAUGUGCCAACGUAUCAGGUGUCAAAGGAAAAAGCAUUGAGUUUGGGAAUAGAAUUCACUCCCUUGGAGGUGAGUCUCAAGGAAACUGUUGAAAGCUUGAGGGAAAAGGGAUUUGUCAGUUUUGAUUCUUAGUAGCUCUCUUUGCAGCCCCUCCAUAACAAAUAAGUGGUGCAUAAGCUUUUUGAUGGCUUUCUCUUCUUCUCUUCUUCAAAUUUCUUGAGAUAUUGACCUUUUUGCAGUUGCCUGCUGGUUAUAUUUGUUUC